AUGGCACAGCUAUUUUUGCUUCUGCGGCUGCAGCUGCCGCAGGACACAUCAAUCCGGGAGGCUCUGGGCGCCCCUCCUGCCUGCAGACUCGGGCAGCGCCAGACGAGCCUGCCUGAGGCUGCCCGGCACCCAUGGAAGGAGCAGGAGGCUCCCCCUGCUGUGUCUGGCCGACAGCUGCAGCCCGAGGAGCCAGGUGCAGACACAGAAGACGACCACUCUGUGACCGAAGGGCCUGUGGACGAGCUCAUUCGGCCGCGGCCACAAGGCUCCUCACCUGUCUACGAAUGUGCAGCCGAGGACGCUGCUUCUGGGCUCCAGGAAGACGCCCCGGGCAGGCACGGUUCUGCCAGCAGACGGUGGUCCUGGUGGAAGCGGGACCCAGGGGACUCACGGACAUCUUCCAGAAUGAGCCGUCCAGAGGUCGGUGCAGCCAGAGCGCCCUCGGGGGUGCAGCCUGGGUCCCUGUUUGAGCAGUGUGGGGGCUGCAGCCUGCCAGCGGACAUGAGGGCCCGGGGAGACCUCAGCUUUGUGGCCUCGGAGGGGAGUCCGGGCUGCCACCUGUGGAAAGGACACACUGCCCGCAAGGUGGCCCCAGCAUGUCCGCCCAAGGGGGCCACGGAGCUGACACUGGAGACCGAGGCGGAGGCCGGAGCCAGUGGCUACAGUGUCACAGGCAGGGACCAGGGGAUCUUCGUGAAGCAAGUGCUGAAGGGCUCCUCGGCCGCCAAGCUCUUCAGCUUGCAAGAAGGGGACCAGCUACUCAGCGCAACUGUGUUCUUUGACAACAUUAAAUAUGAAGAUGCUCUCAAAAUCCUUCAGUACUCAGAGCCCUACAAAGUUCAAUUCAAAAUCAGACGGAGACUGCCUGCCAGUGAGGAUGAAGAGGGUGCUUCCAGGGGCACGCAGCAUGGCACCCCGGGCCAGGAGGGGCAGGACAAGGAUGUCACUGAAGUGUACACAGAGACCCCCACGAAGACGGCAGGAGGAGGUGGAGAUCGGGAGAGACUCAUCUCUAAGCCCAGGCAGGAACGAGGCCGGCGGCCCCAGAAGGAGAGGUUGUCCUGGCCCAGAUUCCACAGCGUGAAGAGCAAGCGGGGCCCCGGGCCCCGGAGGUCACUCAGCUCCUCAGAGGCCCGCGGAGGUGGGCCCGACCUGUCCCCCACCAGCACAGACACAGAGGCCCAGCUCCCAGCAGAGCAGCAGGAGCAGGCAGCAGGCCCCGGUGGCCAGAGGAGGAAGAGGUUUCUAAAUCUGAGGCUCAGGAGGAGCAAAGGGGCCCAGUCAGGGCCAGGCCACCCUGAGGCCCUGGAAGAGUGGGGGCUGUGGGGUGACAGCCUCGAGGGUGCAGGGACCGCUGCACCCAGCAGGGAAGAGGAGCAGGUGGCACAGGGGCCGGGGCCCGCGUCUGCCCCCCGCGAGCCCCUGGUAACUGAGGCCGGCCUCCUUGACCUCUCAGAGGGAGGCACUGGGGGCGAGGUGGGCAGACGCCGAAGCAAGAACGGGGUGAAGGCCCAGGAGGAGAGGGAGAAACCGAGGGACACCCAGGCCCAGCCUGCCCUCAAAGCAGGCUGGGAGGGGGGCAGGGAUACAGUGCAGAGCCUGGAGGGGGCGACUGCCAGACUGUCACUCAGAGACACAGCUCACGGUAGUGGCACACAGAGCCUGCCCCAGGAGGUGCGAGUUCAGAUACCUGAUUUAAAGAUACCCAAAUUUGUAUUUUCCAAAGAAAAAUUUCUGCAGACAGAAAGUGACAGGACUGCAGCCCGGACAGGUGCGGGGACAGGCCACUCCUCAGAAGGGCCCCGCCCCAAGGGCGCACAGGCAGGAGCAGCAGAGAGCAGGCCAGAACACAGGGACAGAGGACCCAGAGACCGAAGCCAGCCAAGCAAAGGGGAGGUGCAGGCUGAGGCCGAGGACAAGGAAUUAAGGGAGGCCAGGAUGAAAAUGCCCAGGUUCCGAAUUCCCUCCUGGGGAUGGUCCCCCGGAAAAGAGCCGGUGGCAAGUGAGAAAGCUAGGGAGCCAGAGGGGACGGAGGGCCGAGAAGUUCAGACAGGCGGGCCCAAGACAGACAGCAGGAAGGACAAGGGCGAGGAGGCACAGCAGGGUGUGGACAGGAGACACCAGGAGAAGGUACACGAGGAAGAACAGAGCAGUGUCAGGGCGGAGGGGGGCCUCUCCGUAGGGGAUAAGGACAGCAAACUGAAGAAGCCCAAGUUCAAGAUGCCCUCCUUCGGGGUAUCGGCCCCCAGGAAACCCAUCGAGGCGUCGGCGGAUGCCGGUGCUCCCAGGGUGGGGGUGGACGUGUCCCUACCCUCCGUGAAGGCAGAUACCAGUGACCAUACCACUGAGCUGCCUUCUGCCAGCCUGGGGGCCAGGACUGACCAGGUGGGCGUGAGGCUCACAGACAUCCAUAUACCAAAGAUCACGCAGCCAACUCCGGCUGAUACACACAGCCUGAAGGGCCACCUGCCCCCAAUGAAGCCACCAAGCACCAGAAUGCCCAAGGCAGACCGGAAGGACCCUGAAGUGCACGUGAAGGGGCCAAAGGUGGACCCGAGAGGACCGAAGGGGGAACUGAGGAGCCACGAGCCAGAUGGGCCACUGCCGAGCCUGGAGAUAGACAUUCAGAUGCCAGAAGCCCAGCUGCAGGGCGUGAGGCUGGAGGGUGACGUAUCCCUGGGUGACAAGGACCUGGCCCCCAAGGACAGCAAGCUCAAGAUGCCCAAGUUCAAGGUGCCCUCCUUCGGGGUGUCAUCCCAAGACAAGUCCAUCAAGGUGGAGGUGGACGUGUCCCUGCCCUCCGUCCAAGCAGAUGUCGAGACCAGUGACCUGACCACUGAGGUGUCUUCUGCCGACCUGGAGACCAGUGCUGGCCAGGUGGGCGUGACGCUCCCUGAAUGCCAAGUAGACAUGAGGCUGGAGGAGGACGUUUCCCUGGGUGACAAGGACCUGGCUCCCAAGGACAGCAAGUUCAAGAUGCCCAAGUUCAAGGUGCCCUCCUUCGGGGCGUCAUCCCUCGGCAAGUCCAUCAAGGCGGAGGCUGACAUCAACACACCCAAAGUGGAAGCAGGCAUGUCCCUACCCUCCAUCCAGGCGUCUCUUAAGACCACGGAUGUCAGCGUGGAGCUGCCGUCCACUGACCUGGACGCUAGAGCUGACCAAGUGGGCAGUAAGUUCCAGGAGAGCCACCUUCCCGAGGCUGAGCUACCAGUUUCGAGCAACGCAGGCAGACUGAAGGGGCCCCUGGCCAAGGUGAAGAUGCCCAGCAUCAAGAUGCCCAAGGUCGUCCUGAAGGGCCCUGAGAGGGACAUCAAGGGCCCAAAGGUGGACCUCACAGGACCCAGAGGUGAGCUGAGUAGGCCCGAGCUGGAGGAAUCACUGCCAAGCCUGGACAUCCUCGUCCCCGGAGCCCAGCUGCAGGGCGUGCGGCUGGAGGGGGACGUAUCCCUGGGUGACAAGGACCUGGCCCCCAAGGACAGCAAGUUCAAGAUGCCCAAGUUCAAGGUGCCCUCCUUCGGGGUGUCAUCCCAAGACAAGUCCAUCAAGGCGGAGGUGGACGUGUCCCUGCCCUCCGUCCAAGCAGAUGUCGAGACCAGUGACCUGACCACUGAGGUGUCUUCUGCCGACCUGGAGACCAGUGCUGGCCAGGUGGGCGUGACGCUCCCUGAAUGCCAAGUACCCACGAUGGAGCUGCCGGCCUCCGAUGCCACAGGCAGCCUGAAGGGGCACCUGCCCAAGGUGAGGAUGCCCAGCAUCAAGAUGCCCAGCGUCAAGAUGCCCAAAGUGGACCUGAAAGGCCCUGAAGUGGACGUCAAGGGCCCAAAGGUGGACCUGCAGGGCCCCAAAGAGGAGCUGAGUGGUCCAGAGAUGGAAGUGCCAUUGUCUAGCCUAGAUGUGAGCGUCCAGGCCCCAGGAGCCCAGCUGGAGGGUGGGAGACUGGACGGGGACAUGUCUAUGAAAGGCACGGACCUGGUCCCCAAGGACAGCAAGUUCAAGAUGCCCAAGUUCCAGAUGCCCUCGUUUGGGACGUCAUCCCACGGUAAGCCCAUCGAGGCGUCGGUAGACACCAGUGCGACCAAGGUGGAGGCGGAAAUGUCCCUGCCCUCCGUCCAAGCAGACGGCAAGACCAGUGACCUGACCAUUGAGCUACCUUCUGGUGGCCUGGAGGCCAGCGCUGGCCAGGUGGGCAUGACACUCCCAGGAAGCCACACACCCAAGACAGAGCUGCCGGCCCCAGAUGCCACAGGCAGCCUGAAGGGGCACCUGCCCAAGGUGAAGAUGCCCAGCGUAAGGGUGCCCAAGGUGGACCUGAAAGGCCCUGACAUUCACAUCAAGGCCCCAAAGGUCGACCUGACAGGCCCCAAAGGAGAGCUGAGUGGACUCGAGUUGGAAGGGUCAUUGCCCAGCUCGGAGGUGGACAUAAAAGACCCUAAGGCCCAGCUGGAGGGCAUGAGGCUGGAGGGCGAUGUCUCCCUGGGAGACAAGGACCUGGCCCCCAAGGGCAGCAAGCUCAAGAUGCCCACGUUCAAGAUGCCCUCGUUUGGGACGUCAUCCCACGGUAAGCCCAUCGAGGCGUCGGUAGACACCAGUGCGACCAAGGUGGAGGCGGAAAUGUCCCUGCCCUCCGUCCAAGCAGACGGCAAGACCAGUGACCUGACCAUUGAGCUACCUUCUGGUGGCCUGGAGGCCAGCGCUGGCCAGGUGGGCAUGACACUCCCAGGAACUUCAAGCGAUGAAGUCGGCCUGAAGGGGCACCUGCCCAGGUUGAAGAUGCCCAGCAUCAAGAUGCCCAAGGUCGACCUGAAGGGCCCUGAGGUGGGCAUCAAGGGCACAAAGGUGGGCCAGAAGGACUCCAUAGGGGAGCCGAGCAGACCCGAGCUGGAGGCGUCGCUGCCACGCCUAGAGGUGGACAUUCAAGUUCCCAGAACCCAACUGGAGGACAUGAGGCUGGAGGGGGACGUAUCCCUGGGUGACAAGGACCUGGCCCCCAAGGGCAGCAAGCUCAAGAUGCCCAAGUUCAAGGUGCCCUCCUUCGGGGUGUCAUCCCAAGACAAGUCCAUCAAGGCGGAGGUGGACGUGUCCCUGCCCUCCAUCCAAGCAGAUGUCGAGACCAGUGACCUGACCACUGAGGUGUCUUCUGCCGACCUGGAGACCAGUGCUGGCCAGGUGGGCGUGACGCUCCCUGAAUGCCAAGUACCCACGAUGGAGCUGCCGGCCUCCGAUGCCACAGGCAGCCUGAAGGGGCACCUGCCCAAGGUGAGGAUGCCCAGCAUCAAGAUGCCCAGCGUCAAGAUGCCCAAAGUGGACCUGAAAGGCCCUGAAGUGGACGUCAAGGGCCCAAAGGUGGACCUGCAGGGCCCCAAAGAGGAGCUGAGUGGUCCAGAGAUGGAAGUGCCAUUGUCUAGCCUAGAUGUGAGCGUCCAGGCCCCAGGAGCCACGGCUGGCCUGGCGGGCGAGAAGCUCCCGUCCGGCCACAUCCCCGAGGCUGAGGUAACAGCUUCAAGCGAUGAAGUCGGCCUGAAGGGGCACCUGCCCAGGCUGAAGAUGCCCAGCAUCAAGAUGCCCAAGGUCGACCUGAAGGGCCCUGAGGUGGGCAUCAAGGGCACAAAGGUGGGCCAGAAGGACUCCAUAGGGGAGCCGAGCAGACCCGAGCUGGAGGCGUCGCUGCCACGCCUAGAGGUGGACAUUCAAGUUCCCAGGACCCAACUGGAGGACAUGAGGCUGGAGGGGGACGUUUCCCUGGAAGACAAGGACCUGGCCCCCAAGGACAGCAAGCUCAAGAUGCCCAAGUUCAAGGUGCCCUCCUUCGGGGUGUCAUCCCAAGGCAAGUCCAUCAAGGCGGAGGUGGACGUGUCCCUGCCCUCCGUCCAAGCAGAUGUCGAGACCAGUGACCUGACCACUGAGGUGUCUUCUGCCGACCUGGAGACCAGUGCUGGCCAGGUGGGCGUGACGCUCCCUGAACGCCAAGUACCCACGAUGGAGCUGCCGGCCUCUGAUGCCACAGGCAGCCUGAAGGGGCACCUGCCCAAGGUGAGGAUGCCCAGCAUCAAGAUGCCCAGCGUCAAGAUGCCCAAAGUGGACCUGAAAGGCCCUGAAGUGGACGUCAAGGGCCCAAAGGUGGACCUGCAGGGCCCCAAAGAGGAGCUGAGUGGUCCAGAGAUGGAAGUGCCAUUGUCUAGCCUAGAUGUGAGCGUCCAGGCCCCAGGAGCCCAGCUGGAGGGUGGGAGACUGGACGGGGACAUGUCUAUGAAAGGCACAGACCUGGUCCCCAAGGACAGCAAGUUCAAGAUGCCCAAGUUCCAGAUGCCCUCGUUUGGGACGUCAUCCCACGGUAAGCCCAUCGAGGCGUCGGUAGACACCAGUGCGACCAAGGUGGAGGCGGAAAUGUCCCUGCCCUCCGUCCAAGCAGACGGCAAGACCAGUGACCUGACCAUUGAGCUACCUUCUGGUGGCCUGGAGGCCAGCGCUGGCCAGGUGGGCAUGACACUCCCAGGAAGCCGCACACCCAAGACAGAGCUGCUGGCCCCAGAUGCCACAGGCAGCCUGAAGGGGCACCUGCCCAAGGUGAAGAUGCCCAGCGUAAGGGUGCCCAAGGUGGACCUGAAAGGCCCUGACAUUCACAUCAAGGCCCCAAAGGUCGACCUGACAGGCCCCAAAGGAGAGCUGAGUGGACUCGAGUUGGAAGGGUCAUUGCCCAGCUCGGAGGUGGACAUAAAAGACCCUAAGGCCCAGCUGGAGGGCAUGAGGCUGGAGGGCGAUGUCUCCCUGGGAGACAAGGACCUGGCCCCCAAGGGCAGCAAGCUCAAGAUGCCCACGUUCAAGAUGCCCUCGUUUGGGACGUCAUCCCACGGUAAGCCCAUCGAGGCGUCGGUAGACACCAGUGCGACCAAGGUGGAGGCGGAAAUGUCCCUGCCCUCCGUCCAAGCAGACGGCAAGACCAGUGACCUGACCAUUGAGCUACCUUCUGGUGGCCUGGAGGCCAGCGCUGGCCAGGUGGGCAUGACACUCCCAGGAAGCCACACACCCAAGACAGAGCUGCCGGCCCCAGAUGCCACAGGCAGCCUGAAGGGGCACCUGCCCAAGGUGAAGAUGCCCAGCGUAAGGGUGCCCAAGGUGGACCUGAAAGGCCCUGACAUUCACAUCAAGGCCCCAAAGGUCGACCUGACAGGCCCCAAAGGAGAGCUGAGUGGACUCGAGUUGGAAGGGUCAUUGCCCAGCUCGGAGGUGGACAUAAAAGACCCUAAGGCCCAGCUGGAGGGCAUGAGGCUGGAGGGCGAUGUCUCCCUGGGAGACAAGGACCUGGCCCCCAAGGGCAGCAAGCUCAAGAUGCCCACGUUCAAGGUGCCCUCGUUUGGGGUGUCCGUCCACAGCAAGUCCGUCGAGAGCUCGGUGGGCAUCUGUGCGCCCAGUGUGCAGGCAGACCUGUCCCUGCCUUCCAUCCAAUCUACUCUCAAGACAGGUGACGUCAUCGAUGGACUCCCGUCCACCAACGUGGAGGCCACGGCUGGCCUGGCGGGCGAGAAGCUCCCGUCCGGCCACAUCCCCGAGGCUGAGGUAACAGCUUCAAGCGAUGAAGUCGGCCUGAAGGGGCACCUGCCCAGGUUGAAGAUGCCCAGCAUCAAGAUGCCCAAGGUCGACCUGAAGGGCCCUGAGGUGGGCAUCAAGGGCACAAUGGAGGGCCAGAAGGACUCCAUAGGAGAGCCGAGCAGACCCGAGCUGGAGGCGUCGCUGCCACGCCUAGAGGUGGACAUUCAAGUUCCCAGGACCCAACUGGAGGACAUGAGGCUGGAGGGGGACGUUUCCCUGGAAGACAAGGACCUGGCCCCCAAGGACAGCAAGUUCAAGAUGCCCAAGUUCAAGGUGCCCUCCUUCGGGGUGUCAUCCCAAGGCAAGUCCAUCAAGGCGGAGGUGGACGUGUCCCUGCCCUCCGUCCAAGCAGAUGUCGAGACCAGUGACCUGACCACUGAGGUGUCUUCUGCCGACCUGGAGACCAGUGCUGGCCAGGUGGGCGUGACGCUCCCUGAAUGCCAAGUACCCACGAUGGAGCUGCCGGCCUCCGAUGCCACAGUCAGCGUGAAGUGGCACCUGCCCAAGGUGAGGAUGCCCAGCAUCAAGAUGCCCAGCGUCAAGAUGCCCAAAGUGGACCUGAAAGGCCCUGAAGUGGACGUCAAGGGCCCAAAGGUGGACCUGCAGGGCCCCAAAGAGGAGCUGAGUGGUCCAGAGAUGGAAGUGCCAUUGUCUAGCCUAGAUGUGAGCGUCCAGGCCCCAGGAGAGAGACCAUGCGACCCCCGGUCUCCCGGACGUGCACCGGCCCUCACCAGGGCGCAGGAAAGAGCUGGGCCCCAAGGUCCUCUGGUGCUGACAGCCUCGCACGCCGACGAGCCAGUGCAGACCGCAGCGGUCCGCGCAGGGCCGCUCUGGGAGGACUCCGUGCUGACGGUGAGGUUCCCCAGAUUGACGGUGCCACGAUUUUCCUUCCCUGCCCACAGCGCGGAGGCAGACGUCUUCAUCCCCACCGUGAAGGAAGUGCACUGGCUGGAGGCUGGGCCCGACGCAGCUCUUCCCGAGGCAGGCCCCACACUCUGGGAAGCCAGCGUCCUGAAGGCAGGGACUGGGGCGCCCUGGGAGCAGCCUGUGGCCCUUGGCCUCCCCUUGGAAGCUCCCCCGGUCUCUAAGGUCAGGGUGCACAUCCAGGGUGCUCAGGGGGAGAGUCAGGAGGUCACCACACACGGUAGGGAGACCCUGGAGCUGGCUGGCGUUUCGGCCUCCCAGGCUCCCUGUACCCAGAUCGUGCGGGCGUCUGAGAUCCCCGCGUCCACGAUCCAGAUGCCUUCUUACGGGUUUUCCCUGCUCACCGUGAAAAUCCCGGAGCCACCCAUGCAGGCCGAAGUGUGCACAGUGAUGCUAGACGCUUGGAGGCAGGAGGGCUCAGAAGAGGUCCCCACCCAAGCCACCGCAGGGGUAGACCGCAUCUCGGGAGACCCCCUGUCUGACACGGGAGGGCCCUUUGAGAUCGUCUCUCCCAGUGGCGAUGUGCCCGGAGCACAGGUGCUCACAUCUGCCCUUCGUCCCGACUGCCAGCUGGCAGACGGCUCUGAGGAGGAGCAGACGUUGCCCUUGGCCAGGGAGAGCAUGGAGGAGACGGCUUUAAGUACUUCAGGAGCCGCCAGGCUCCCCUCGGAGCACACUGCGGAGCACACUGCGGAGCCCAGCCUGCCGUGA